GCCUCAAUGCGACUGGCAGACGACGUACCACACCCAGCCCUGGAUGUCCUUCGUCAUGUUCCACAACCUGUUCAUCAUCACCACCCACAUGAUCGCCAUGUGGCUCACCGUCUCCCUGGCCGUGUUCCGCUACAUCUUCGUGUGCCGCCACACACUGGCCACCACCAUGUGCUCCAUGCAGCGGGCUCAGCUCACGGUGCUCGUGGUGUUCGUGGGCUCCGUGCUCUCCUGCAUACCCUACUACUUCGUCUACCAGGUCAAGGACAUACAGGAGGACCCGGCAGAACGGUCCUGCUACUGGGUCGUCCACUCGGACUUCGCCGCCUCCCACCCGCUCUACCUCAACUUCCUCUACUGGCUCUUCGGGGUGGUCAUCAAAAUCCUUCCGUGCGUCCUCCUCACCUAUCUCUCCGCCCUUCUCAUCUGCGCCAUGCAGAAGGCGAAAAAACGGCGCGCCCGGCUGCUCAACAAUAUCUCCCGCGUCAUUGACAGUGACAGCAGCUCUAACGAGCACAACCGCACCACGAUGAUGCUUGUAGCCGUCGUGCUGUGCUUCAUCAUCACCGAGCUGCCGCAGGGGAUCGUGGCCUGGAUCAGCGGAGUGGACGCCGAGUUCUUCAAGGAAGUCUACGUCCACCUAGGCGACCUCAUGGAUAUCCUCGUGCUCAUCAACAGCGCCUUCAACUUCAUCCUCUACUGCAUCAUGUCCCAGCAGUUCAGGGACACGUUUAAGAGCCUGUUCGUGACCAAGCACCUCCCGCCUUUCUUUCACCGCGUCAAGCAGCACCCGAACGGCGCGGAGUACAGCAUGGUCAAGACGGAGACCACGCACGUGUGAGGGGAUGUGAGACAGACAGAGGGAGGAGGGGAGGUGGUGGAGGACGCUGUGAGGACGAGCGAGAACUAGAUCCCGCGUAUAAGCUCACAUAAUAUGCCCGCAUAUACUCAAUUCAAGCACACAUACUCACACACAAACACAUACACUUAUCACAAGCGCAAGUACUCACUCUGACACACAAGAGCACACACGCACGCACACGCACGCGCGUACACGCACGCGCGCGCGCACACACACACACACACACACACACACACACACAUGUAUUCUUCAAAACUCUGGUGCACGCAACCAGGAGUCGAAGGGGGCAGGGUCGUGGGUUCGUAGAGAGGUCAUUCAACGUUAGACCUAUGUACAUUCAGAGACUUAUCCAGGACAUGCAGGGAGUGGGAAAAAUGAGGGAAUCCACGCAAUUCUACGCUCAACAAAACGGGAAGCUGGAUGGUGAAGGCGCACGUGUAUGUAUGUGUGCGUGUGUGUGUGAGAGAGAGAGGUGAGUAGAGAGAGAGAGAGAGAGAGAGAGAGAGAGAGAGAGAGAGAGAGAGAGCAGAUCAUUCUAAAAAAGGACUCAAAGACCUGAUGUGAACUGCCCUACUCAAAGUCGAUGUGUCUAAUAAAGAACACGUUAUUGUGUCUUAUUUCCUAACCCUGUUCGUGUAUUUCUUGUGUUGAUUGAUUAUAAAGGAUAUUAGCUAACACUGAGGCGUGAUUAUGACUAAUAUGCUUUUAAGCCGAGUGGUGAGCAACCUCCCUAUACGUAUUCGUUAGAACAACAGUUCCCAGUCCUGAACGUGACAAAACGAGAAGAGUGGGCGUGUCAGAUCGGAAACGCAAUGAGAGACAUACUGUAGUUCUGAUGGGGACAGUUGUUUUUAGUCCGUGAGAGGGUGAGCUUUACACCAAACCGUGCUGGGACGAGCUGAUGUGUUACUAUGGUGAUGUACAAGUGUGACCAUGUGAAACUCGAGAUGCGUUACGAGAAGAGCUGCUACGGAUAUUCGAGAUCUGUUGCAAAAAGAGGACGACUUUGAGGAUUUUUUUAGACAUCUUACUAAAAGACGAACGAUUAUGAGAAUUUAGGGACGUGUUUCUAAAAGAAUAGCUGAGAACUUUGAAAUGUGUUUGAAAGGAUGAUAACCAGAAUUCUUAAAAACAUUAUUAAAAGAACAACAUCUA